AUGAGUGACCGUGAAAUUGUGGUGGUCACAGGUAAUUCAAAACAAUUUCUUCACCUGUAUUGUAACUUUUGAAAAAAUGUUGUUUUUCUUUCAUUUUUAAGGCUUUGGACCUUUCAGACAGUUUUUGGUGAACCCCAGCUGGACGGCAGCUCAGGUAAUGUUCGACAGUUCUGUGUUUAAUGUCCAUGUGGGGUUUGGACACUGAAAACGGAGUUUAUUCUGUAUUAUAAGGGGUUAAAGGUGGUCGGACUGGGAGAGGGGACGGAUGUUUACAUCAAGGAGGUUCCAGUGAGUUAUGAGAAGAUUCGGCAAAUCAUAGCUGAGACUUGGCAAAAUCUUCGCCCAAAGGUAAAAGAGAGUUGAGAGAGAGUUGUCGAUGUUCUAAAGCAGUGAGGUGCAAUUCGGGUACAUGUCAUGUACAUGGACUGUAUUUAUCAAUUUUAGCAAAUAUUAACUUUAACCAAUGAUUAAUUUUAUAUCAGGGCACAUUUCUCUUUUAUUUAAUACAAAAAGUUUAACAGAUCUCAUCUUUUUCUUUUCUUUUCUUUUUUUUUGGGCAAAAAAAAUUGCAUGUAUUUAUACUGGAAUUUGUUGGUUUUAUGCUGUCCGAUUUUCUCAAUGCCAGGUUUAGCUCUUCAGAUUAACAUUGAAUUAAAUAUUUUUGUCCAAUAUUUUUUGUAAAUAUUUGUUCCAAGUAAUUACUAAAAUAUGAGAAAGUUUAAAAAUCAAUUGCGCUCAUUCUUACACAUUAAAUCAUCCACUUUGUUUGUGUCCGAGAAACUUUAGUCAACUGUUACCCACUGAAACUCCCCCAUAAAUCAGCAAUGGUUUGCUCCCAAGUCACAUUGAACUGGAUUUUAAUUUUUUAUUAAACUGCUCAAAUUAUAUUGAAUUUUAAAAACCCAUAAACAUGUCUAGAUUUGGUUUCAAAGACUGUAACGCUAACAAAAAUGAUAUAUAUUGAUGUAUUUAUUCAGUGGAAAUAAAACAAACGAAAUAAAAAAGAUGCAGACUGAAUCAAAUGUGAGCUCUAUCACCUAUACACUAUAAAAGAAUUUAUAUUAAACACACUCUAAUUCCUUUUUUUAGAUUUGGAAAAAUGUGUUUUCAUUUAGAAAAGGUCUUUAUAUGCGCUGUAUGAUGCUGAUGACUUAAAAAUGCCAUUAUCUGGUCCACUUAUAGUGUUUGAAGCCCUGGUUGAGAUAUUACAGUGAAACUGUUGCAUUUUGAAAGUUAUAUGAGAGAAUAAGUAACUUUAACCCCUCUGUCUUUGUGUCUCAGUUUGCCUUCCAUCUGGGUGUAGUCAGAGGUUGCAGUGCUGUCAUUCUGGAGCAAACAGGAAAGAAUUGUUGCUACAGAGACAAAGACGUGUGCGGCUACUGUCCUGAAAGUCAGUGCUGUGUGGAAGGAGGACCAGAGAAACUUGACUCAAUCAUAAACAUGAGAGCCGUCUCCAAAAAGUUUAGACAAGCAGGGAUGGAUGUUAUUUAUUCAAGAGAUGCUGGCAGGUAGGAUUUUUUCCUUGGUAGUGUUGACAGACACUUUUGAAUAUGAGAUAAUGUUUCUGUUUAUUCUCUCAGGUACCUUUGUGAUUUUGCAUAUUACUGCUCUCUGUAUCAUGGACAGAGGAGAGCAGCUCUCAUCCAUGUACCCCCUGAUGGAAGCUUAAAGUCAGCUGACGGGCUGGUGCUUCUGCUGCAGGGCCUCAUCCAGAGCAUGCUUGACCAGCUCAUGGACCUUUCAGAAACAGCACAAACAGACAAUAAGCAAACUUCUUAG